AGCUGGGGGGUACAUAGUGGAAGCGGUUACUGGGGAUUUAGUAAGUACAAGUAUAAGGAAAGGAUGGGGUCAGAUGGACAGGAGCACAGACAACAAGUGAACUAAGGAAACUAAAGAUAUAAGGAAACUGUAACACAGGGAGGGAUGAGACACCUGGAUACACUAAAGAACUAAGUUUCCAGGGAAGAAAGUGUCAGGAUAAAACCUGAAGAAGAACCUGCAGAAACGUGCGCAUCACCUGGGCUCCUCUCCAGCAUACACCCAGCCAAGCGGGCACCCACGUGGCAUCCACGGACACAUCGUCAUCAUCAACACCUUCACGGCUAUCUGACACCUCAAGAAAGGAAGCAGCAGCGGGUACAACAUCAUCAUCACACCUGAGAACGUGGUUUGUCAACCAGGGGGGGCGGUCGGAGACAGUGCUGCCAGGUUAAUGUGCCAUCCUCUCACAUAACCAGAGAUCAUCAAUGUCAAGACUCACUCAGAACCACAAAGAACAUCAUUUACUGCCGUGAAAAAGCUGCUUCGAAAGUCUCACUUUUUACACCGUCAAGAGAACUUACGAUUGAGUAUUUCUUCUUAUACCGCUACAGUGGUUAUGAUGCCAGUUAUAGGAUGCUAUCGCUCAUAUCUAAAGCUUUCUUUAAAAGUUCUUCACAUUGGGAUUGUAUGGAAUAGAUAAGCAAAAUUCUGGAAUACUGAACAGGAAAAAACUUCAAAUUCUUAUAGUUGUCUCCAUUGUUGUCUUACAUUGAGGACCAUCAAGAAUUAUAGUCUAUUUGAAUCUACCCAACACCCAGAGAUGGUAGAUCGACUACUUCUUUAAGAAUGUGCCAAGGUUUUUAAGCUGCAGUAAUGCAUUCAUAUGGGCAUUGGAUGGUCACCUAAGAGGGCCUGAGCUAAGGAGAAUUCUACUCUGCAAGCAGAUUUCUGUAUCUGUCUCCUCGGAUAUAACCAUUGACAUGACAAUGGAUACAGUUCGCAGCAGUAGGUACAGCAUCGUGUCAACAGAUGAGGAAGCUCUCCACAUGCCAUCUUUGGGUCUUAAUGGUCACUGGGCCUCUUCACUCCACAACCCUCAUUCACGACGGAAACGGCGUAAUCGCUUUGUUAAAAAGAAUGGUCAAUGUAAUGUCUACUUUGCAAAUCUCAGCAACAAAUCACAACGCUACAUGGCUGACAUCUUUACCACCUGUGUGGACACCCGUUGGCGCUACAUGCUGCUCAUCUUUUCUGCCGCUUUCCUAGCUUCAUGGCUCUUCUUUGCCUUCCUCUUCUGGUGUAUUGCUUUCAUCCAUGGGGAUUUAAGUGCUAGUGCAGUUACUGCAGGAAGAACAGGCCCACCAAAACCCUGUCUAAUGCAUGUGAACAGCUUUGUGGAAGCUUUCCUCUUCUCUGUAGAGACACAAACCACAAUAGGCUAUGGAUUCCGGUGUGUUACUGAUGAAUGCCCUUUAGCCAUACUAGCCGUAGUGGCACAAUCCAUCCUUGGUUGCCUCAUUGACUCUUUUAUGAUUGGAACAAUAAUGGCCAAAAUGGCUAGACCCAAAAAACGAGCCCAAACGCUGCUUUUCAGUCAUCAUGCUGUAAUUGCCCUUAGAGAUGGUAAACUCUGCUUAAUGUGGAGGGUUGGUAAUCUGCGCAAAAGUCACAUUGUUGAAGCCCAUGUAAGAGCACAACUUAUCCGACCCUAUGUUACCCAAGAGGGUGAGUACCUGCCUGUGGAUCAGAAGGACCUAAAUGUGGGUUAUGAUAGUGGACUGGAUCGAAUAUUUCUUGUUUCCCCUAUAAUUAUUGUCCAUGAGAUUGAUGAGGAGAGUCCCUUUUACUCAAUGGGGAAGGAACAGCUAGAGGUGGAAGACUUUGAGAUUGUUGUCAUUUUGGAAGGUAUGGUUGAGGCCACCGCUAUGACAACACAAGCUCGCAGCUCAUAUCUAGCAAGUGAAAUUCGUUGGGGACAUAGAUUUGAGCCUGUUGUAUUUGAGGAGAAGAGUCAUUAUAAAGUCGACUAUUCUCACUUUCAUAAAACGUACCAGGUGCCAGGAACCCCUAUGUGCAGUGCACGUGAACUGCAUGAAAGUCGCAUUACUGCUUUACCUUCCCCAAGCGCCUUCUGCUAUGAAAAUGAGCUGGCUCUCCUAAGUCAGGAGGAGGAUGAGGAUGAUGAAGUCCUUGGUGGUGGUCCAGAAGAAGGGGUCAUCCAUGUUAUGGGAAGUCACCUAGAACUAGAUCGCCUUCAGGCUUCCAUGGCACUAGACAAUAUUUCAUACAGAAGAGAAUCCGCCAUAUGAUGGCAAAGAAUGGCAAUGAUUUCCUAUGGCACUGUCUAUCAGGGUUAUAGUGUAGUUGUACUUUGUGCGUCUGAGGACUCUAUAACCUAUAAAAGUAACAGACCUGUUAAACUGCUACAUAUAUUUUAAAGGAAAGACAUGGACGUUUCUGGUCAAUAAGUAUGCUCUGUGAAUUGAGCUUAUUUGCCAUUUCUUUCUUGAGACAGAGACAUUUUCUGGGGAAACAGAGGAAAACAGGGUGGGUAUAUUCAGUGUAUAGAAAUAUUUUGUACAGACACAAAUGAAAAAUAAACCUUUAAUCUGUGCUCUUCCAAAUAA